AUGAAAAAAAGUAGCAAAGGAUUUGUUUCACCUUACAAAGAUUCAAACACAACAUCAACUCCUAGCAUUAAUCAUUUAGCAUCAAAACCAAAAAAAAUAACAACAUCAACGACAUCAACAACUUCAACAACAACAACAUCAUCAUCAUCAUCUCCUAUAGAAACACAAAAAACAAAAUCGAAAGCAAAUAGUAGUAGCAAUAAUAAUGAUAAAAGUGAAGAUAAAACUAAUGAUGGAGAAUUAAUUCAUUAUAAAAUUGGUUGGUGCGCAAAAUCAACUAAAAAACAUAAGAUUUAUAAUGAUGGUUAUUUAAUGUAUGACCAAGAUAAAAAAAUAUUUACAUUAUAUGAUGAUUGUGGUAAAGAGAAUGGAAAGAGUGUAACAGUGAAUAUACAAGAUGUUAAACCAGAUACAAAAGUAUUCAUCUCUUCAAAAGAAGUAUUAAUUGAACAUAUAAUUACAAGCAAAGAAUUUGAAAAAGCAACUGGUUUAGAGUCAUCUUUAGUUUCAAAUUCUACAUCAUCAUCAUCACUAUCAACAACAACAAUUAGAAAACUAAGUAAAAAACAACAAAAACUUCAAGAAGAAGAGGAGGAAAAACAACAACAACAACAAGAUGAAAAACAAACAACAAAUAUUAAUAAAUCAACAAUUAAAAAAGAAUUUAAAAGUCAUACUAGUUUAGAAGAACAAAAAAGUUCAAAAAAGAUUGUUUGUCCACAUGAUCCAAAUUCAAAGGAUGCAUUAAUAUUUUAUUCACCACCACCAAGUCAAUUGGAUGAAGAAGGUAAUAAAGUUGUUCAUGUUGUAUUGGAUCCAUAUAUUGGUAGACAUUUAAGACCUCAUCAAAGAAGAGGUGUUAAAUUCCUUUAUGAUUGUGUUACGGGUAAUUCAAAUGAUAAUGGAUACAGUGGUGCUAUUUUAGCUGAUCAAAUGGGGUUAGGUAAAACAUUACAAACUUUAGCUUUACUUUGGACAUUAUUGAAACAGUCACCAUACGGCAAACCAACAAUAAAAAAGGCUAUCAUAGUUACACCAUCGACAUUGGUUAACAAUUGGAAGAGUGAAAUUCAAAAAUGGUUUGGCAAUGGUCGUUUGAUUGCAUCAACUUUAACAGAUUCAUUAACAAAAGAGACAAAAGCAAAUUUAAAUGAUUUCAAUACAUCGAUUAAACCCGUAUUAAUUAUCUCUUAUGAACAAUGUAGAAUCUUUUCAAAGGAAUUGGAAACGAUGAGUUGUGGUUUAAUGGUUUGUGAUGAAGCUCAUCGUUUAAAGAAUUCAAAUGCAAAGACCACUCAAUCGAUAAUGAGUGUUAGAUGUGAUAGAAAGAUUUUAUUAACAGGUACACCAAUUCAAAAUAAUUUAGUGGAAUUUUAUUCAAUGAUGGAUUUUGCUAAUCCAAAUUGUUUAGGUUCUUUAGCUGACUUUAAAAAAUCAUUCAUCAUACCAAUUAAUAAAUCUAGAGAAUCACCAAAUUCAACUUCAACUUCAGAAGGUAUUAGAAAAUCAAUUCAACUCUCAAAAUUGGUUAAACCAUUCAUCAUUAGAAGAAAAUCAAAUAUUUUGGAGAAAUAUUUACCACCAAAAAGAGUACAAAUCAUAUUUUGUAAAUUAUCAUCACUUCAAAUUGAAUUAUAUAAAUCAAUUUUGAAUUCAAAUAGUGUUAAAUCAUUAUUAUCAGGUGGUGGUAGUAGAGGUUCAGCAACUUCUCUUUCAACAAUAACAUUAUUAAAGAAAUUAUGUAAUUCACCAUCAUUAUUAUUAUUAAAUAACAAACAAGAUGAAGGAGGAGAACAACAACAAACUGAAAUUCAAAAUAUAUUAAAGAAACAUAAUUAUACAUUAGAAAAUUAUCAAGAGAUUCAAGAACAACAAGAUAAUGAAUCUGGUAAAUUAUUAUUUGUUGAAUCAUUGAUUAAACAAUUAAAACCAAUGAAUGAAAAAUUGGUAUUGGUUUCAAAUUUCACAAAAACAUUGGACGUCUUUGAGAGAUUAUGUAAACGAUUAUCAAUUGAUACACUUAGAUUGGAUGGUGAUGUUAAAGCUGAUUCAAGACAAGCAUUGGUUGAUAAAUUUAAUUCUAGUACUCAAAAUGUUUCAUCAUCAAAAUCAUCGUCAUCACAAUAUCAAGUGUUUUUGUUAUCUGCAAAAGCUGGUGGUGUUGGUAUUAAUUUAAUUGGUGGUAAUCAUUUGGUUCUAUAUGAUCCAGAUUGGAAUCCUGCAAUCGAUAUUCAAGCAAUGGAAAGAAUUUGGAGAGAAGGUCAAACUAAACCAGUUUUCAUCUAUAGAUUAUUUUCAACAGGUACAAUUGAAGAGAAGAUUUAUCAAAGACAAUUAAUGAAAGAAUCAAUUUCAAAUUCAAUUGUUGAUAAAAAGUUUAAUGAUAAUGGUGGUAAUUUCUCAUUGGAAGAUUUAAAAGAUAUCUUUUCUUAUAAUGAAAAUACAAAUUCAGAUACUCAUGAUUUAUUACAAUGUAAUUGUGGUAAUAGUAAUAGUAAUGCUAGUACUAGUAUAAAUAUUAAAAGAAUAGAAAUAUUUAAAACUAUUCAACAUUUAGAUAAAUGGGAACACUAUAGAGAUGUAGAUCAAUUUUCAAAACAAUGUAAUCAUGAUUCAAUAUUAAAGAAAUUGAAAUCAAAACAAGAUCCAAUUUCUUUUAUUUUCAUUUCUAAAACACCAAUACCAUCAAAUAAUGAUUUAGAUGAUGAUCAAAAUGAUGAUGAUGAUUUUUCUUUCUUAGAAGUAGAGAACCAAAUUGAAGACGAAGAAGAGGAUAAUAACCAACAAAAUACCACACCAUCAAAGAAAAGAUCAAAUAAAAAGAAAGAAGUUGAUGAGGAGGAGGAGCAGGAGGAAGAAGGAGAAGAAGAAGAAGAGACAAAUCCUCAAACCAAUUUAAGAAAGAGAGCAAAAAUAAAUAUUGUUGAAGAUAAUGACGAUGAUGAUUUGUCAGAUUUAGACAUGUCAUAA